CAUUCACGCACACUGCUACGUAUAAUGCGUUGAGCGUGUGCUGUGUCGUUCGUAGCCGCUCCGUAAACUUUGUCUUUUUUUACAACUUCUCAGCGAGCCAACCACUUGCUCGGUCGUCUUUUACCUGCGUGUGCUUAAAAUUUACAAACUGUUUUAUGUUUUGUAUCCUCUAAACUUAGUGCUAAUAACUUUUACACAGUUCUAAACGCGAAGUGAAACCUCCGAAAGACCAGAUGUUAUACCGAGCGGCAUAACCUCGUUUAGUGUCAACAAAAUAAAAUAAACAGUGCCUAACAAGUUGCUGUUUCCUAACAAAAAGUAUAGUGAUGAAUUAAACAAUGAUUUAAACUGGUAAUCCAGGACGAGAAUGGGCUUCGUUCAAUAUAGGAACGUGAUUAUUAUCAAGCGAAGAGUUUCUACUUCAGCUUCACCCACAUAACGUAUAAGAGCACAUAGCCGUCAAGCAGGAUGUUCGGGAUUUACAAAGUUGCAGCGAUCAUAUUCCUCGGCGCACUCAGCAAUGGUGAACUCCCCGAAGAUGACUUUAGGAUAAUCAACAGACAAGACCUGUUGGCGUCAGACAGCGAUAUCUUUGAAGAUAAGGACGGCAAAUCAUUUUCGCAACUGCUGUUUGACGUGGCAAGGGACCAGGUGAUAGUGGGCGCAAGGGAUGCCCUCUACCGCCUCUCCCUUCGUGGCCUCAGGCCGCUGGAGCGCGCGGACUGGCUUGCUCCUCCAGAAAAGGCGCAGCUAUGCCAAGACAAGGGCCAGACCGAAGAGGACUGUCACAACUACAUCAAAGUUCUGCUCGCAUACGGACACAAGCUGUUUGCGUGCGGGACUAAUGCUUUCAGUCCCAUUUGCAGCUGGAGAGAGAUCGAGUCCCUAAGUUUGGUGUCGGAAUGGGUGUCCGGUGUCGCGAACUGUCCACACAAUCCACACUCAAACGUGACUGCUAUAUUUGCGAGCAGUGGGGAGUACUAUGCGGGGACCCCUACAGAUUUCACCAGCUCGGACACUGCUAUUUGCAGGAGUCGCGGUGCAUCCCCUCGGAAGUCAGAGAUGCUUCGCACAACGCAGUACGAUUUCAACUGGUUGAAUGAACCUCAAUUCGUGGGCAGUUUCGAAGAUGAAAGCUUUAUAUACUUCGUCUUCAGAGAAAUUGCUGUGGAAUACUUGAACUGUGGAAAGACAAUAUACUCGCGUAUAGCGCGCGUCUGCAAGAACGACUCAGGCGGUCACCUGGUGAUGAAAGAUAACUGGAGUACAUUUCUCAAGGCUCGCCUCAAGUGCCCCGUGCCAGGGGAUUUACCGUUUUACUAUGACGAAGUGCAGAGCGUCGAGUAUUUGGCCCAGGAGAAAAUACUGGUUGCUGUCUUUACGACUCCCACUAACAGCAUAGCUGGCAGUGCAGUGUGCAUCUACAAUAUGUCGGACAUCCACAUGGCGUUUGAAGGCCCGUACAAAGUGCAGGACUCUCCGAUGUCCACUUGGGAGCCUCGCUCGCCCUCGCGUCAAGCCAGGGAACACUUUAGAUGCAAUAGUGAUACUAGAUCUCAUCAAACCAUAGAAUACCAUAACUACCAUCUAAUGUACGAAUCAAUUCAACCGAUAUCGGGCGAACCCGUAUACAAAGCAACGCUAGAACGCUUCACGCACGUAACCGUCGAUGUUACCAACACUAAAAAUGUGGUCAAACAACUGGUAGUGUUUGUGGCAACACAGAAGAAUGACAUUAUGAAGUUGGCGAUACUGCCGAGGUAUGAGGGCGCGUGUGUUGUGGAGACUUGGAGGUUGAGAGAUGGGAAGGAGGGAUUCAAUAUACAGACGAUGCAGUUUGUGAAGGAUACUAUGUCCAUCUACAUAGGCAGCGAUAAAGGCGUCUUGAGAAUAGGCAGUGAAAGAUGUUCUCGAUACAAGACCAGGUCGAGUUGUGUGGGAGCCGUAGACCCACAUUGUGGCUGGGAUGACGCGCGCGAGCUGUGUGUGAGAGCGGCCGCUAAUAUACAUGAGGCUUACUUCAUCCAGUCCACUGCUAGCUGCCCUACUGUUAGUACACCCGUGGACGGCGGUUGGUCGUCAUGGUCGGACUGGGAACAAUGCAUGCAAGACGGCACUCCGCAUGCAGUUUACGGAGACGACAAGCCCGACAUGUGCAUGUGUAGAACACGCCGCUGCGACAACCCUAGAGCCGCGAAUGGAGGACAAAAUUGUCAAGGCGCAAGCAUAGCCGUGGCCAACUGUACGAUACACGGCGGUUGGUCAGCGUGGUCUGGAUGGUCAGAAUGCUCGGCGUCGUGUGGCAUCGCCGUCAAGUCGCGGCGCAGAUCCUGUACAUCGCCCGAACCCAAGUUUGGUGGCCGUGUUUGCGUUGGCUUUGAUGUGCAAGAUAUGUAUUGCGCUAAUCUGCCACCUUGUCCCGAUCCUGCAUUAGCACCAGUAGACGGAUCAUGGUCUCCCUGGGGCACUUGGUCUCCAUGCACCGGUACGGGUUGUGGUGCCGGCGCAGGCAUGAAAGAGAGGCGGCGAGUGUGUGGCAGCCCUGCGCCCAAACACGGCGGCGCGGACUGUGAUGGGCCAAGGUCGGAGCGACAACCCUGCGACUUGCGGCAGUGCGAGCUUAGGAAGGCCACUGCUUGGACACCUUGGGUACAGAUACCAAGUAAUUCUUCAGAUGGAAGUUACAUGGAAAAGAGAUUCAAGUUUUUGUGUAAAGCACCAACGCAGGAGCAAAUUAGGCUGUCGUUAGCACGGGAAGAAGAAAGGUAUUGCAAUGCAAGGGGGACCUGUAGCAGUACACCUCCUGAGGAAGAUGCAGCGUGGGAGCCCUGGGGGCCUUGGGGAGCCUGCUCGGCUGCUUGUGGCGGUGGCCAACAAUCCCGCAUGCGACGCUGUCGAAGGCCUCCGUGUGAAGGGUCUGCGGAUAUGUUACGGGCUUGCAAUACACACGCAUGCGUUGGUGAAUGGUCGUGUUGGAGCGAGUGGAGCGCGUGUAGCGGCGGCUGCGAGGAAGCCUCCACCGGGCAUCGAAGUCGCACCCGCAUGUGUCUCUCCCCGGAAGGCUGCGCCGACGCCGGCGCGGCGCUAGAGAGACGCAUCUGCGUUAACACUUGUGCAGAAACCGAAGUCGGCUGGGGGCCAUGGGGUGAAUGGGGUGAAUGCGAGAGCGGGGAAAGGAUUAGACGACGCAGUUGUGAGGCCGGCGCGUGUGUUGGUGCGCAGCUACAAGUGGCUAGAUGUACGACAGAUGACGCCGAGAUGGACAAUGAAUUACACGCGAUGCCGGCGUACAGUCAAAAUGUGGAGAUGGCUUCGUUCGUCACACUGUGUGACCGCCAGUCGCUGAGCAUUGCCGGCAUCAUCGGCUGUGUGAUAACUGCGUUCGUUGCGGGUUGUCUAGUAUGCUUGGCCGGGGUCAUCGCCUGCCAAAGACGAGGUCCUCUGCCGUGGAACCGCCAACCGCGCGUACCCUCCAGCCCGCACUAUAUCACUGCCAAGCAGAACAGCUACGUCACUGUGCCAUUGAAGGAAGUGCCCCGGAAAGCAAAACGCCAGCCAUCAUUCUCGGGCAUUGGCAAUACCAGUGGGAUUCUCCUGUCAAAGAGCAACAACCUCUCCAACGCGAACCAUAACAACGCGAUGACAACACCGAAACUGUACCCCAAGGCGAUCGCGAAUGAGUACGACUCUAUGGGAACAUUGAGAAGACAUUCCAACCAGCCAAACAACAAGACGAACCUUGAUAUUGAGGAAGACAAGUUUUAUUGAAGCUAAGUAGUGUGUUAUGUCAUAAAAAUCAUCGGGCAAAGUUGUAUUUGGUUCUCAAAGAACCAAAAUUAUGAUUCCCAGUGUAUACUGAUUGUGUCAGUAGGUAUAUUUUUAAGUGCUCUUGAUUAUCAUAUCGAAUUAUAACCCUCUAUGGGCAAAUUCCAAGGACUUUACCACGAGCUAAACAAAAAGACGAUCCUUGAUAUUGAGGAAAACAAGUUUUAUUGAAGCUAAGUAGUGUCUUAUGUUAUAAAAAUUAUCGUGCAAAGUUGCGUUGUGGCUCUCAAAGAGCC